UCCUCUUUGUGCCCGGCUUCCAUCUUUUCCGGACCAGAAACUGUGAACUGAAAGAAAUUUAUCAAACUAUCCGAAAGAGACUCGAGUAUGUCAGGACGUGAUUUCCGUGGAGGUAGAGGCGGUGGGAGAGGCCGCGGUGGUGGAUUUGGAGGUGGCCGAGGCGGCAGCAGUGGAUUUGGAGGAUCACGUGGUGGUGGAGGUGGUUUUGGCGGCCGUGACCGGGGUGGUGGUGGAUUUGAUGGCGGCCGAAAAUCAUUCAAAGGAAGCCAGCCUGGUGAAAGACUACGUCCUCCAAAGUGGGAUUUAGAGAAAUUAGAAAAAAUUGAGAAGAAUUUCUACCAUGAACAUCCAGCUGUCUCCAAUCGAUCUCCAGCUGAAGUUGAAGCAUUCCGUGCAGCCAAAAGCAUCACACUUCGUGGAAACAGCUGCCCCAAUCCAAUCAUCACAUUUGGCGAGGCCAACUUCCCUGAUUAUGUCAACGAUGUGAUCAAACAACAAGACUGGAAGGAACCAACAGCUAUUCAAGCACAGGGCUGGCCUCUUGCUUUAUGUGGCCGCGAUGUUGUCGGUGUUGCACAGACUGGAUCUGGAAAGACACUAUCGUUCAUACUUCCUGCAAUCGUGCACAUCAAUCAUCAGCCUUACCUGAGACCUAAUGAUGGACCAAUCGCCUUGGUAUUGGUUCCGACUAGGGAACUGGCACAGCAAGUCCAGCAAGUGGCUACAGAAUUUGGAUCAACAUCAAGAAUCAAGAAUGUUUGUGUCUAUGGUGGAGCGCCAAAGGGACCACAAAUCAGAUCUCUUGAAAGAGGAGCUGAAAUCUGUAUUGCCACACCUGGUCGCCUGAUCGACUUCCUUGAGCGAGGAAACACAAAUCUCAAACGUUGUACAUAUCUGGUCUUGGAUGAAGCUGAUAGGAUGUUGGACAUGGGUUUCGAGCCCCAGAUCCGAAAAAUUCUUGAACAAAUAAGACCUGACAGACAGACACUCAUGUGGAGUGCCACUUGGCCCAAAGAGGUGCGAAGGCUUGCUGAAGACUUCCUGAAAGAGUAUCUCCAAGUCAAUAUCGGAGCACUCCAACUUCACGCCAAUCAUAACAUUCUUCAAAUCAUUGACGUCUGUGAGGAGUACGAGAAAGAGAGAAAGCUGAAGGCUCUUCUUGAGGACAUCAUGGCAGAGGCUGAAAAGAAGACACUGAUCUUUACGGAGACCAAGAGGAAGGCGGAUGAUCUAUCACGAAGACUCAAAAGAGAAGGCUGGCCCGUUUCCUGUAUCCAUGGUGACAAAACACAGCCUGAGAGGGACUGGGUUCUUCAAGAGUUCAAAACGUCGAAGACUUGUAUACUGGUGGCUACUGAUGUUGCAUCGCGUGGAUUAGAUGUGGAAGAUAUCAAGUUCGUUGUGAACUACGACUACCCUGCAAGCUCUGAAGAUUAUGUUCAUCGUAUUGGUCGAACAGCUCGAAGCAAUAACACCGGCACAGCAUACACAUUCUUCACACCUGAAAAUUCAAGACAGGCAACUGAUCUGGUUUCUGUUCUGAAGGAAGCCCAUCAACAGAUCAACCCAAAGCUAGAAGAAUUGGCGAGAAGUGGAGGAUAUGGCAAAGGACGCAGCCGAUAUGGAGGAGGACGCGGCGGAGGGGGUCGCGGCGGUGGACGUGGAUUUGGUGGAAGUAGUUACGGUGGCGACAGAGAUGGCGGUAGGGAAAGACGAGAUUCUGGCUUCAGGGGGGGUAGAACUAAUGAUGGACCAAGCAGUAGUCGGGGCAGUAUGGGAGGACGAGGUGGUGGCUUUGGUGGUAUGAAUCAGAGCCGAGGUGGUGGACAAACCCGGGGCGGUGGACAGCCUCCUCGGGGUGGUGGGCAAUCGCGGGGUGGUGGUUUUGGUGCAAAAGGACCCGGAGCUACAGGUGGAUUCGGAGAGGAACCCCGGAAGCCGCAGAGAAGUAGUCGGUUUGGACCGCCGACAAACAACCAGCCAUCAUCGGCAGGUGGUAACCCCACGCAGAAUGGUGGUGUUCCCAGCCUCAUGAGUUUCAAAGCCAACGGUCCUUCAGCACCAUCACCCUCGGCCCCACAAGGACAGGGUAAUGGUGGAUAUGGCGGGGCUCAAGGCCAACAGUAUGGCCAGCAGCAAAACUGGAAUCAACAACAGAACUGGCCGAUAUCUGGUGGGGCAGCUCCAGCCAAACCUGCUUCAAAUCAAAAGGAAGUGAAGCCCAAGGACACUUCUGCCAAUGCCGCCAACCCCGCUGCUCAGCCCCCUGCUGACCAAUACCAGAACAUGCAGACCAUGGCAUACUGGUACAGUCAAUGGAUGCAGCAAAAUCAGGGUCAGCAGCAGGGGCAGUUUGGUGCCCAGCCUCCACCACCACCACCACCUAACCAAGUCCAAGCAAACCCUGCCACUAGUGCUGCUGCCACUGCUGCAUAUUAUCAGCAGUAUCAACAGUAUCAAAACGCAGCAGUUCCAAAGUAACAUUCACAUCUUUGGGCUGACAGUUUACUUAGUUAAUAGUCCGAUGGAUGUUGUUAGCCGUUACUUUCCGUUUCCUAUGAAUGAGCCAGAGCUAUUUAGUGUGGUGUCAUUCAUUGAUUGAUGGAUAGGUUCAGGUCUUCGUCAUCUGAGCCAGUGACAUUGUCGGAUGUUGUGGCUUUCUAGUUCAUGUACCGAGAACUGUCGUUGGACUGAAAUAGGGCAAGAGGAAAUGGCCCCAAACGAGGAUUAUUUUUAUUCCAAAUCCAAGACAGUUUGUGUUAUUCCAAGACAGUUUGCUGAUGACGUGGUGUUCAGGUUUUUAGCACUUUCAUAUUUUACUAGGACUACUACACAGUUUUAAUUUUUUUCACAUUUUAUCUAAGCUGUAAUGAUAGGUCUAAACAUCUGUAACUUUUGUUGUGGACUUCAGUUCAAUACCGAAAAAAUUAUGAAUCUGUGCCUACAAAUAGAGAGGACUUUAUUAAAAGCUUCUUGGCUCUUCACUGUAGUAAGUAGCUAAAAUUGAUAAUUCGGGAUAGGCCAGCUUCAUUGCUUCUAUAUGUAGAACAUAUUGUGUUGGGGGUACAGAGUGUUUGAUAUCGAAUCUAAGCUGGUCCGUGGGUAAUCAUGUUCAAUGUCGCCAGGUGCAUUCAUUUGUUGUACUGGGUCGGUCAUUUGAUUUAGAAUCAAUCGGCUGUUGUUAUUUGACUUUUGGAGGUCUGUAAUAAAUCUGUAAGAUGGAAA